AUGCCUCCCCGUCGCACAUCCCGCAGCGCAUCUGUGAAGCCUCCUUCUGCAGCCGUUGCUGACAAGGCUGCACCCAAGCCGCAAGUAAACGGCACCUCCAAUAAGCGCGCAGCGUCCUCCGAACGCCCGCAGUCUCCUCCGCCCAAACGAUCUCGUGGUGGAGAGGCUCAUAAGUCAGAAAAUGACCCUCCCGCUCCUUCCCGGAAAUCCGCAUCUAAACCCACAUCCAAGCCUGCAUCCAAGCCCGCCUCCAAACCCGCCUCACGGAAAAAAGCUGUUGAACCUGCCACCAAAUCAUCGAGAAAUUUGUCGCCUGUUCGUGAAGACGAACCAGCUCCGGAGCCUAAGCAGCUGAAACCCUACUUCAAUGCCCUGCCUGUGCCACCUCUGAAGCACAAACCUGGCCUCUUGCUGUUCGCCUGGGGAACAGGUAACUUUGGUCAAUUCGGAAUGGGCCCGGAUGUCCUCAAUGAAAUACAGAAACCCAAGAGGAACUUGUGGGCAGAGGAACAAAUGCAAAAGGGCACAUUCGGUGAAGGCAACGCUGGCAUAGAGUUCGUAGCCUCGGGUGGUCUGCACACUGUGUUUAUUGACGAGAGCGGCACAGUGUGGACAUGUGGUGUAAAUGAUGACGCUGCUCUCGGUCGAGUCACCCAGAAUGUGCCCGAUCCGAACAAUUCUGGCUCCUUCCUGAACGUCGAUGACCUGACUUCCAUCCCCCAACCCCUCCAGUCUUUGGUUGAUGAAGGUUUCCGUGCUGUCAAGGUUGUUGCUGGGGACAGCAUUUCUGCCGCACUCAGCGAUAAGGGCGAAUUGCGAGUUUGGGGUUCGUUCCGAGUGAAUGAGGGUUCUCUCGGCUUCGCAAGUGGCCUCAAGCAUCAAUUUACUCCGGUUCCCAUACUAACCCUCAGCCAUAAGCCUGGCGAUAUUGAAAAAGUUUCCUCCAUCGCUUCAGGUGGCAAUCAUCUUCUCGUCCUCACCACCCAUGGCAACAUCUACACAUGGGGUGCUGGCGAGCAGUCACAACUUGGCCGCAAAGUCCUCGAGAGGCGCAAGAUACACGGCACAGUUCCGGAGAAGAUCGUCCUAGGCACACGUGUCCGCAAAGCGGUUACAGUCGGUGCCGGCGCAUUCCACUCGUUCGCGGUCGACGAGAAAGGCGACCUCUGGGGAUGGGGCUUGAACAGCAUGGGUCAAACGGGCACCGGCUACGAGUCCUCCGAAGACUCUGUCGUCCAGCUGCCCAAGAAGGUCAGGCGUCUCAGCAAGGAGGAGCUGGGCGGCGAUGUCGUUGUUCAGAUCGCAGGCGGUGCCCAUCAUACCGUUUUCCUCACUGCCUCCGGCAAGGUUUACGCAUGUGGCCGUUCCAACAACGGACAGCUCGGGCUUGCCGACGACGAUGAGGCGUUCAAGGACCGGAUCGAUCCAGACUUUAUUGGAGAACCAGCCCUCGUCACCUUCCCUGAUACUGACGAUCCUGUCACCCAAAUCUCAUGCGGAAGCCACAACACGUCGGUUGUCACUCGCGGCGGUGCACUGUACUCUUGGGGCCAAGGCGUCCAGAGCGAGUUGGGCUUGGGUGAUGAAGAGGAGGUGCGAACACCACGAGUUGUUGUCCGUAAAGAGGGCGGCGCUUGGUUCGCAUCUGCUGUCGCUUGUGGUGGUCAACAUACAAUUGGCCUCUUCCGCAAGAAAAACUAG